AUGGCAAGCGGUCCGGGCGUGAGGGUCAGCAUCGAGUCUUCCUGCGAGAAGCAAGUGCAGGAAGUGGCCCUGGAUGGAACAGAGACAUAUGUGCCGCCCCUGUCCAUGUCCCAGAACUUGGCCAAGUUGGCACAGCGGAUCGACUUCAGCCAGGGUUCCGAUUCGGAAGACGAAGGAGCUGACGGUGAAUCCCGGGAUCGCGAGUGGUGCAAACAGGAUCAGGAAGAUGAAGACGGCACGGUGAAGUUCCAACCGUCUCUGUGGCCUUGGGACUCUGUGCGGAACAACCUGCGCAGUGCCCUGACGGAAAUGUGCGUCCUCUAUGAUGUGCUAUGCGUGGUGAAAGAGAAGAAAUAUAUGGCGCUAGACCCUGUUUCUCAAGAUCCGUCCAUAGGCAAGACCCCUCAGGUGUUCCAGCUUAUGAGCAAAAAGAAAUCUCUCGCCACAGCCGCGCAGCUCCUCUUGAAAGGCGCCGAGAAGCUCAAUAAAUCAGUCGCAGAGAACCUGGAAAACCGGAGGCAACGGGACUUUAAUUCGGAACUGCUGAGGUUGCGCUCGCAGUGGAAGUUGCGCAAAGUGGGCGACAAGAUUCUGGGAGACCUCAGCUACCGGAGCGCGGGCUCCCUGUUUCCUCAUCACGGCUCAUUCGAGGUCAUCAAGAACACGGACAUCGAUCUGGACAAAAAGAUCCCAGAAGACUACUGUCCACUUGACGUCCAGAUUCCGAGUGAUUUGGAGGGAUCAGCUUAUAUCAAGGUUUCCAUUCAGAAGCAAGCUCCUGACAUUGGUGAUCUUGGAACAGUUAACUUGUUCAGAAAACAAACGAAACCUAAAGGAGGUUCGCAGCCGUGGCAUGUGAAACUGGAGGCGGCUCAGAACGUUCUGCUCUGCAAGGAAAUCUUUGCGCAGCUGUCUAGGGAAGCGGUCCAGAUCAAGUCCCAAAUCCCGCACAUAGUCGUGAAGAAUCAGAUCAUCUCACAGCCAUUCCCAGGUCUGCAGUUGUCCAUCUCGUUGUGUCACUCGACGGCUGAGAAGAAAAACCACCGGGCGUCUCCGGAAAAACCCAAAUCGGAUGACCAUCUUUACGUGCUGGAACACAACUUACAUCAGAUGAUGCGAGAGUUCCACAAGCAGCAGCUGAGUUCCAUGGUAAUGCCGCAUCCUGCCACCGCCCCCUUCGGUCACAAGCGCCUGCGUCUGGCCGGACCGCUGGCCUACGACAAGGCUGAGAUCAACAGCCUGCAGCAACGGGAAGGUCUUUUGGAGAAAAUCAUCAAACAGGCCAAGCACAUCUUCUUGCGGAGCAGGACAGCACGCACUAUCGACAGCCUCGCCAGCCGCAUCGAAGACCCCCAGAUUCAAGCGCACUGGUCCAACAUUAACGACGUGUACGAGUCCAGCGUCAAAGUGCUGAUCACCUCCCAAAGCUACGAGCAAAUCUGCAAGUCCAUUCAGCUGCAACUUAACAUCGGCGUGGAGCAGAUCCGAGUGGUGCACCGAGACGGACGCGUGGUCACUUUGUCGCACCAAGAGCAGGAACUACAGGACUUCCUUCUCUCCCAGAUGUCCCAGCACCAAGUGCACGCGGUGCAGCAGCUUGCCAAAGUGAUGGGCUGGCACGUGCUGAGCUUCAGUAACCACGUAGGCCUGGGCCCGGUGGAGAGCAUCGGGAAUGCCUCCGCCGUCACGGUGGCGUCCCCCAACGGAGAGUACGCCAUUUCAGUCCGAAACGGUCCUGAAAGCGGGUGCCGGGUUUUGGUGCAGUUCCCCCGUAGCCAGAGCAAGGAGCUGCCCAAGAGUGAAGUCAUCCAGGAUGCCAAGUGGACUCACCUCAGGGGUCCCUACAAGGAGGUCCACUGGAACAAAAUGGAGGGACGCAAUUUUGUCUACAAGAUGGAGCUCCUCAUGGCUGCUCUAACUCCUUGCCCUUAA